AUGCUGAAACUAGCGAUUGUGUUGAUUUUUGGGGUUAUUGCUUUGAAUUGUCAUGGAGUUUUUGCAGAGCCUAAGUCCGAUUGCCUUUUAAAAGAUCCUCCCAACCAAUGUGGGGGAUUCUGCCUUGGUGUUUUAACACCGGUGCUGAAUCACUUGACCAUCCCCCAGGAUCAAAGGAAUCCAAGUGAUCCAAAAAAAUCUAACGAGGUCCUGGUAAGGCAGUACACUAUGGAAAGUCAACUGACUGCCUUGCAAGAAAAACAAUCCACCUUUGAAACCUCACUGGAUUUCCAACAUAAAUCUAUGGAUAUCAACCAGCAGAACUUGACUGAUAGACUGGAUGAGUUGGAAAGCCAACUGUCAGCCUUACAAGAAACAUUACUCAGAGUGGAGACCAAAGUUAAAUAUUUGGGAUUCGAGCAAAUCGGCUCGAAAUACUUUUAUAUUGAAAAGCUAACUGAGAGGAAUUGGUCCUCUGCUUCAAAAUCUUGUCGCAAUAUGGGAGCUCAACUGGCUGACAUUAAGGACCAAGAGGAACUGACGGCCAUUCAGGCGAGCCUCAACAAGGACACUCAUUACUGGCUGGGCAUCAAUGACUUGGGCCACAAGGACGAAUUCUUGUCCGUGGCCACCGGGAAGCCAGCUCCUUUUCUGAAAUGGGCAUCUAUUCGACCAACUCGAUUGGACACUUCCGACUGCGUGUUCCUCUAUAAUGGUGAAAUGUACGAUUAUCCUUGUAACUAUAGUUUCCGGUUUAUUUGCCAGACAGAGGAGGAAAAUGAGCAAAAAAUAUAUUAA